AUGUCUUCGUACGCGCUGUAUCGUGGGACCACUCUCGGUCAGGCACUCGAGCAGACUCUUAAUGAUAUGGAAGAGGAGGGCCUUCUGCCGAAGCAGCUCGUCUCGAAAGUGCUCACACAGUUUGACAAGAGCAUGAACAAGCAGAUCUCUCGUUUGCCGAAGGAGAAAAUGAACUUCUGUGCGACCCAGCUGCUCACUUAUCGCUAUUGCGACAAUGUCUGGACGUUCAUUCUCAACAACGUCACUUUGAAGGAUCCGCAGAGAUCUUUUGACGAUCCAAUCGAAAAGUGAGCAAACAUCUUUAAAAAGGGACUGAAACCAAUAUGUUCCAGGCUCAAAAUCGUUGCUUGCGACGGUCGCCAAACGAGUCUCCUGCAAGGAGUUUCAGGACAAGGACCAUCUAAAAGAGUGGCCCGUGCUGCAGCCGAUGACGACGACGAGAGCGAUUAG